UCUCACAGUCUGUAAUCAACUUUCAAGCAGAUUGUCUUUGCCAAUUGAAUAUCAACGUGUGCUGUUUAGUUCGUUCAUUUCAUUACGUUCAAAUUAGAUGAGAAAUCUAUGCUAUUUUGUUCUAGAAAUGUUUUCAAAGUGAUGGCAUUCCUGGCAGUGGCAGUUCAGUGAAAGCAUUUCCUGCGAUCAAAUUGUCUACCUUGAAUCUCCUCUUGGAUCUCCUCCGAAUGCAUCGAGCACUGAGAUUUGGCUCUUUAUCGCCAUCAUCGCCACCAGUGACAGUAACAAUCCCGUGGAAAGUCCACCGUCUCGUCUUAUCUCAGUCAAUCAUCUCGUGCAGCUGAUAUUGCGAUUCAGCGCAACGCGACUCGACUGGCAGUCUCCAUCUGUUCAGUGGACGCGAUACCGUCAAUUUAAAAGUUCUCCAUGUGAUUCUGCCCGGUCACCAUGAGCGACAACGGGGAUAGGGUGGUUCGCGUGGAGCGAUGGUACCACAAGAUUACGGUAGAACCGUCGAUGUUUCUGUACAUGAUGGCCUUCAUGUUGACGUCGGUCAUUGAACAGGUGUUUUUCCUCUACAAGGCGUGCACUGUGAAUCAUGGCUAUUCGCACGAUAUCUGUAUCAACAUCGAAAACUAUCAGGAUAUUAAGAAAGAGGUUCAAAUAACCACCUCGACGUUCCACAUGUGGAAUAACAUAGCGAUGUAUGUGGUGCCAAUUGUGUUAGCUUUGUUCCUCGGAGCGUGGUCCGAUCGCAGAGGUCGUAAACUUCCACUAAUUUUGGGGUUGAUAGGAAAGUUCGUUUACUCGGUGAUGAUUGUGGUCAAUACUCGAAUGGAAACGUGGCCAGUGGAGUACAUUAUUUACACUGCCACAAUCCCAAGUGUACUGACUGGAGCGGACAUCGCCAUAUUUGCGUCAUGCUUCGCCUAUAUAUCGGAUAUAACAACCCUAACAGACAGAACCUUUAGGAUUACAAUCCUCGAUGCCACAUACUUGAGCACGAUGCCCAUCGGAGUCGCGAUCGGUACUCUCAUUUACAACCGUACUGCCAAAUCAUUUACGGUGAUGUUUGCAAUCAACGCCGCAUUACUCCUCCUCUCGAUUGUAUACUCAAUUUUUCGUCUGAAAUCUCGUACCACCGAUCGACAAAUUUCUAUAAGGGAGCUGCCUUGGUAUCGCAUGCCGGGCGAUUUCUUCGAUCGACAACAUGUCGUCACAUCACUGGCGACGUUCUUCAAGAAACGCACCAUGAACCGAAGGAUCUACCUCUACGUUCUAAUGGUCGCCAUGUCCUUCUACACAUUCCAACGGGACGAAAAACCCAAAAUGUAUCUCUACACCCAACUCAAGUUCAAUUGGAAUGCUGAUUUGUAUAGCUACUUCAAAACAUAUCAAUCGGCUGCCUACGUGGUGAUGAUGUUCAUCGGAGUUCCAUUCUUCACCAAGGUUCUCCAGAUGAGAGACACGUUCAUCAUCAUGAUUGGUGCCACCGCACACGCCUCAGCUCGCUUCGUUUACAUAUUUGCCCAAGUGGACUGGCUGUUGUACAUCGGGGCCACCAUUUCGAGCCUUGGCCCGAUAGUGGCACCAGUACUAAGAUCGAUGAUCUCCAAGAUGGUUCCGACGACCGAGCGAGGCGUCAUCUUCUCAUUUCUGUCCGUAUUCGACAAUGCCGUCCCACUGCUAAGCGGAAUCCUCUAUACGCAGAUCUACAACGCGUCUAUCAACACCUUCCCACAGGCAUUCUUCCUGUUGACCAUGGGCACCCAGGUGAUGGUACUUCUGCUGACUUUGGGUGUUCACAUAUCUUUGCGAGGUAAAACAUUCGAGGAAGGCACCACUGAAAACCUGAAUGGAUUGAUUGAGGAGGAGCAGUUGCCGGAGAACGAUGUAGCGACAGAAGGGCAAACAGUGCCUAAACAAUGAGGCAUUACUCCAUUUGCGAACUGGCGCAAUUAAAAGAAAAUAGAUUUCUUCAAAAGACUUAGCUAUAAUAGUUUACAUCGAAGAUUCGGCUACUAAGACUUAGUCAUUAAAAGAUUUAGGGUUAUCAAGUUUAUAGGGUUAUGGCAUUUUGAAAACUGAUUUACUAUUACUUGCUUACAGAAUUGGUAAGUCUUUUACUGAAAAAUCUGAAAUGAAACAAGGCCUCACCAAGCGAAUAUUUAAUCGAGCUGCA